UUUACAAAUCUAGACAUUCAAUACUGACUUCCGUUGAAUUUAUUCAUAUAUUUGACACAAUUAUUGCUUAACUCAUAUAAUUGAUUGAUUUGUCGAAACAAUGCACAACCAGUUGUUGACAAUUAUUCUGAUAUUAUUAUCGCAGUGUAUGAUAGGGUCAGAUGUUUGGGGAUAUGAUUUAGUCAAAUGUUAUAAAAUGAUCAGUGAUUUGAAUGAAUGCCUACGAGAGCGGUGGGGUUACGACACAGUAACCAUCGGAUAUAAAUCACAACAAGACUGUUGUCUUCAUCUACAACAUCACUGUUCACUAAACUAUUUGAAACCCGACUGUCCUGAUGUUAAUUAUGACAAUUUGAACAAAACGUUUGACAUAGCAAAGGAAGAGUGUCCUAAAAACGGAAACACAUUCAAUGGCAACAAAUGCAAGUCUUUAGAUCCCAAAGUGGAUCAACUGUUUUGCAAAAACUUCAAGCUCUGCCCUUUCGUAUCCAAUUCAUCCUAUGGUUCAAUAGUUUUACACAUUUAUCCAUUGAUGUCAAUUACGAUGACAAUCGUUGGACUCAUUAUUAUAUAUUGA